AUAUAAAAAAAGUUAGGUUAAAUUUUAUUAGUGUCUAUUGAUAACGAAAAUUAAUCGAUGUGUUUAUUUUAUUAUAUGGAAAAAAAAUUACUUAUUUUUAUUUAAAAUGUCAAACUUUAUUUGCAUCAACAAUUAAAAAAUGUCUUCACGAGCGUUUGGUCGAGGACGUUGUAAAAAGCGCGUUUCAACAACAUUGGGAAAAGCUCCCUCAUUAAAUAACCGUGAUUCCGAAACAGAUUUAUCAACCAUAAGGAAACCAAUAAAUACAAGUAUUUUUGGUUUGCGACAAGUUCUUUCUUUAUUUGAAACUGCAACCGAAGAAGUUAAACGUUACAUAGCUUAUGAAUGUGAUAUAAUUUAUGAAUGUCGAACGUGUCGAUCAUUAUUUAGAAGCUUAGCAAAUUUUAUACUUCACAAAAGAAGUUAUUGUCAAGAAACUUUCGAGGCGGUUUAUCAAAGUAAAGAUGCCGAAGAUGUUGAAGGUGUCUAUGAAAUCAAUGAUGGAAGUGAUGAAAAAGCACCCAAAAAGAAAAUAUCUGACGUUUUAAAAAAGUUAAAUGAGAUUCAUGAGAAUUUAAAAAGCUCCGAGGAGAUAACCCUAAACGAAUUAACCGAAGAUAAAGAGAUAAACGAUGAGACAAUCUCAAACAAUAACAAAAAAAUAUGUUUAGAAAAAAUUGAAAAUUCAACAGCUGGUGUUUUUCAAACGAUAUCAAAUGAAACUAUCGGAAAUGAAUUAAUUAAAUCACAGGUAAUGGAAAUUCAUUCGAUGCUAAACACGAACGAAGCGAUUCUCCAACCCGAUGGGAAAGCAUUUAAAUUUCAAAAAUCUAACUUGGCAUCAAAACACAAACUUCUUUGUUCUAUUUGUAAUGCAACAUUUUCAACCAAAAAAACUCUACGUUAUCACGUUAAAUAUAAACACAACGAUACCAAAUUGGUUUUUUCGUGCCCUGAAUGCAAGGAAACAUUUGCAAAUGCUUGGGGUGUUUUUCGACAUCUUUAUAAAAUACAUCGGAAAACAACAGCGCAAAUACGAAAGUUGCGAGAUCAAAUACAUUCAAAUCCUAUAGUUAAACCUCAAGGAAAUGAUUCAAAAGAAAAAGAUAAAGAAUCUUCCGUGGCUAAUUCGGAUAAUCAGUGGUUAGAAAACCUGGAAGGAGAUUCAGAUAUUCAAAUAUGUGGUGGUUGUGGAAAACGGUUUGAGAGAAAAGCAGCCCUUCAUUCCCAUUCACAAAUUUGUUUAAAACGAAUAGCUGUUGUUAGCUCAUCUAAAAAAUCACCCGAAGAAAAAACGAUGAAAAAAUUUCAAACCGUAAUCAAAGGUUCGAAAAAACGUAAACAGAAAAUUUCCGUAAAAUUCAUUAAAGAUCAACAACCAAACGGUACAACCAAAGAUGCUACUAACGAUGUACCAAUAAUAGAUUUAAAUAGCGACGAUGAUGAAAUCAACGUUUUUUUUGCCGACGAUCUUGAAAUGGAAAAUUUAGAAAAAGAAAUUAUAAACGAAGAGAAUGAAAAUGCUAAAGUCGAAGAUGUUUUAAAAGAAAAAGAUCAAGACGAAGAAGAAACCGUUCAAAAUCAAACGAGUGAAAAUGAUUAUGAACAUCUUGAGAUUGAUUUAAUUAUAAAUGGAGUUAAUUUAAAUCAACCGGAAGUAAUUGUCGAUUUAACUGAAGAUAUCGAUGAAAACAAUGAAAAUAACCUAAAAAAUACAUCAAAUGCCUCUGCUUCCACAUCAACAACAUCACCAUUGAUCGCCGAUACAUCUUCAGAAAACGAUGUUAAUUCCAAUACUAAUUCUAACAUUAAAGCACUGCAAAAAGUGCCUGGAAAAAAAAGAAAACGCCCAUUGGAAACUUCAUUAAAAGCAAAAAGUGAUCAAUAUGUUAACUGGGAUCUUUUAAAAUGUACUCCAUGUACAGCAACUUUUACGACAAACGAUUCGUUAUUAGAACACAUGGCAAUGCAUUUUAAUUGGUUUCGAUUUCAGUGUAAAAUGUGUACAUUUGUCUCUUAUAAUAGCAAGGCUUGUUCAAAUCAUCUUCAAUCUGAGCAUAAACUCGAUCCUGAUGAUAUAGAAUCUUGUGUAAUUCCUAUGAGUAACACGAAAGCGAUUAAAUUAUCUUCAGAUUUUAAAGCGUUUAGUUCUGAAAUGGUUCAAACUGGUGAAAAGAGCCCGGAAGUUGAUAAAGUGGAUAAAGGUGAUCCAGACGUGCGUAAAAUGAUUAUGGAGGUGAUUUUUGGUUCAGAACAGACAUCCUUGGGCGUUCAUAAGAGUCAAUUGAGAAGUAGGAACAAUUGUGCGAAAAAUUUGGAUAAGGAUUUUGUUUACGAUAUGACACUGGUUGAUACUCAAAUAAGAAAACAAGCUGCUAUGGAGAAUAAAGUUAAACCAAUUAAGAUUAUUAAGAAUAAUGAAAGUGAUUUUAAAGUGAUUAACGUGUCAACUUCACAACAAAAAAAGAAGAAAUGAUUUUCUUUGUUAUUUAUUAUUGAGUUCAGU